UAUAGUGCCAUAGAAGUGAGUCAUCCCAACAAGCGGUCGGCAAAAUUUGAGAAGAGGAAAAAGCUAGAACUGUUCCAGAGGGACAGAGACAAUCCGAAAAAAGUGUGUCGCAACAAAGCGCCUCUUUAAAGUAGAGAACAAAACGUUAGCUUCUGUGACUCACUCACAAAUCGGCAACACAGCGCUGUUCGGAGCGAACCGUGGAUUUGGCUGCGGAAAAGGGAUUCCACUGUCAGUUUACUCCGAAGUGCUGAUCUUUGCACGGAGACAUUCUGAGCAUCAUCGGAGUUCACAUCCUCAACUGAAAUCUCCCUCUUUCCUGGAUGAUGUACCAGGACUACUCCGGGAACUACGACACGUCCUCCCGCGGCAGCAGCGCUUCCCCGGCCCAGCCAGAGUCUUUCACAAGCGGCAGCAGCACUAUCGGCAGCCCGAUCUCUACCUCAAGCUACCAGAAGUAUAGAGUCGACAUGCCCGGCUCCAGUAGUGCCUUCAUCCCCACUAUCAAUGCCAUCACCACCAGUCAGGACCUGCAGUGGAUGGUCCAGCCCACGGUCAUCACCUCCAUGUCUAACCCCUACUCCCGCUCACACCCCUACGGCCUGCCGGUCUCCAGCGGGCCUGGGCUCCUGGGCCACACUGCCCUGGCCCGGCCGGGAGUCAUCCGCUCCAUCGGAGAUACCCGCGGGCGGCGCAAGAGAGAUGAGCAGCUGACUCCAGAGGAAGAGGAGAAAAGGAGAGUCAGGCGUGAGAGGAACAAACUGGCUGCCGCGAAGUGCCGCAAUCGCAGGAGAGAGCUGACAGAGAUGCUCCAGGGGGAGACUGAAAAGCUGGAGGAGGAGAAAGCUGACCUUCAGAAGGAGAUUGAGACCCUGCAGAAAGAGAAAGACAAGCUGGAGUUUAUGCUGGUGGCUCACAACCCUGUGUGCAAGCUGCCCCCAGAAGAGAGGCAUCAGGGCGGGCAUGGUCAGCAGUGUGCACCCCUCUCCCUGUCUAUGCGCCCGAGCAUGGGGUCCCGCAACUGCCUGAACACCCUGAACCCAGUGGUGGUGAAGCAGGAGCCCCUGGAGGACGAUGAGGAUAAGCCCCAGCGCUCCGUCAUCAAGCCCAUCUGCCUGGGCGGGGGCGCUGGGAUGUACUGCUCCGACGGGGACAGCCUCAACACCCCCGUGGUGGCCGCCUCCACCCCGGCCUCCACCCCCAGCGCGCCCAGCCUGAUCUUCACCUACCCCAGCAUGCUGGAGCCGGAGAGCCCCUCGCCGUCCUCGGAGUCCUGCUCCAAGGCCCACCGCCGCAGCAGCAGCAGCGGGGACCAGUCGUCCGACUCCCUCAACUCGCCCACCCUGCUGGCCCUCUGAGCGGCACCGUCGGCAGGGACCCGAAGGCGAGGCCGACUCCUGGGACUUUCUGAUGGCCCCAACAUGGAGGGGGGGGGGCUCAAUAAACACAGGACUCUUGCGACGUGUGGCCAACGAUACGCGCUCCCGACCUCCCGUAUUCCCCAAUCUGACGCAACAGUAAACCCUCAAGGGCUAAGGUGUUUCUCGCUUUUAUUUUCCUGACAGUUUAGUGUGAUUUUUUUUAUGCCUGCACCAUCCAACAUCAUCCUGUAUUUCCCCCAACACUGUGGUUACUCCCAAGCUCCAGAGCACUUUUCAACUGGUAACCUGGGCAGUGAGAAUCCUCACUGAGGAAGAGGAGGAGACUACAAUAAUCCCCGAGGAGGAAGGAAAAAUGGACCCCUUUUUUUUUUGGUCUCCACCAAACUGACUCCAAAAAACAAAGCAGUUAUCAUCCUGUGCACAGGUACUGUUCUGGAAUGGUUACCUCCAGAUAAAGCAGCAGGAAGAACCUGUGGAGGGAAGGAGGUGAUGUACUGACGAACUGAUCCCCUCCUCGGAAAGCAGGCAUCACACGGACACUACACUACACGGAAGCCCAGGGAGGGGAGGGGCAAUGUGUUUGUACCAUCUGUUAACAUUAUUGUUGUUUUUAUCUCUUUAGAACUUCGAAACUGUAUUUAUAACCCAGAGUUUAUUCAAAGCCGAUCAUUUUGUUCUGUG